AUGGAAAACAGUGAAAGAUUACUUGAAGAAAGUGUUCAACCCGAAGAAAUUCAACGUUAUCGAAUUGUAUUUGAAAAAGCUCGAGAAGCAAAACAAUUGACCGAUCAAAAUAAGUUUUCUUUUGCGUAUUGUCUUGUUCGAAGUACAGCGAAAGCUGACGUACGUUAUGGUUUACAAUUAUUAAAAGAACUUUAUGAUUCAACAAGAAACGAUGAUGCUAAACGAGAUUAUUUAUUUUAUUUAGCAGUUGGUAAUGCUCGAUUAAAUGAAUACGAAGCCGCAAUUAAAUUUCUCGAUGCUAUUCUUCAUGUUCAACCUGGUAAUCAUCAAGCAAAAAAUCUUAAAGACGAAAUCACACAACGAAUGAAUCGUGAAGGCUAUGUCGGCAUGGGUAUUGCUGUAGGCGCAGGAGCACUUCUUUUGGGAGGUUUGACUGCUGCUGCUAUGGUUCUUCUCAAGAAAUAA